AUGCGAAGAUCAAUAAAGAUCCUCGCUGAAAAUCUGGAAAACUGCCCAUAUACUUCGGCGACUACAACAGCUCCGCCACGUCGAUUUUCGGAAAUUCCCGGACCGCGAGAAAUUCCAGUUAUAGGAAAUUCUGGAAAUCUAAAAUAUGCCAUUGGCACUGCUGAUGCACAAACUGUUUUCGCUGCCGAUGGAAAGACUCCUUUCAUAGUCCCACUACAAGAAACGACACAGAAAUAUCGAGAAAUGAAAGGAAUGAAUCCUGGCCUUGGAAACUUAAAUGGCCCAGAAUGGUAUCGCCUACGAUCUUCAAUUCAACAUGCCAUGAUGCGACCCCAAUCUGUUCAAACGUAUCUUCCGUUCUCCCAAAAAGUAUCCGAUGAUUUAGUGAGACACGUGGCAGAGGAACAGAUUCGAUUCGGAAAUGCUAACAUGCAGAAAGUGGCUGGAAGAUGGUCACUUGAGUCAGCUGGACAAAUUCUCUUUGAAAAGUCGCUAGAGUCGCUGGGAAAUCGAUCUGAAUGGGCGGAUGGUCUUAUUGAGCUCAACAAAAAAAUAUUUCAGUUAUCCGCAAAAAUGCGAUUAGGUCUUCCCAUUUUCCGCCUCUUUUCAACUCCUUCAUGGCGAAAAAUGGUGAAGUUAGAGGAUGAGUUUUACGCAGAGGUGGAUCGUUUGAUGGAUGACGCAUUGGAUAACUUGAAAAUUAGUGAAUCGGAUAGUCAAAACAUGAGAUUCGCCAGUUAUCUCAUUAAUCGGAAAGAGCUUAAUAGAAGAGAUGUGAAGGUGAUAUUGCUAUCGAUGUUCUCAGAUGGACUCAGCACGACUGCCCCAAUGCUGAUUUACAACCUCUAUAACAUUGCCACCCAUCCAGAAGCACUACGAAAAAUUCAAGAAGAGAUAAAGGAGGACCCUACAUCUUCUAAGCUUCCAUAUCUUCGUGCCUGUAUCAAAGAAACAUUCAGAAUGUUCCCUAUCGGAACAGAAGUCUCGAGAAUUACUCAAAAGGAUUUAACUCUAUCAGGAUACUUAAUUCCUGCUGGAACUGCAGUUGAUAUUAACACAAAUAUUCUCAUGAGAAAUAUGGUUCUGUUCUCUGACUCCCCUCACGAGUUUAAACCGGAACGAUGGCUGGAAAAAUCAAAAAGUGUCCAUCCGUUCGCUUUCCUUCCGUUUGGAUUCGGGCCGCGAUGUGUGCAGGAAGAAGACAUGCAUAUCACUCAAUUGGUCGAAACUUUGAGUGAUCGAGCUGUGAUCACUACCCUGAAUUCAUCCAGCGUAAUUGUAUACGACAAAAAUGAGCUCAAAAUCUACCUAGGAUUCGCGAACAAUAGAGAAACAGUUGAAUAUGCGAAAGAAGUGGUUCUCCUUCUCUCCACACCAAUUCCACCAAAAGCUGACAUUCGUGAAAUCGUUGUCUCGAAGAACGGAGAUUUUGUGAUUCUCGUAGGCCCUCGAAGUACAUUUGUCGUCCGAAUUGGAACAGAGAUUCUCUUCACAUCUCCAGAUCGCUUACCAUCAGAAUGUUUCUGCGAAUGUUAUUCUCUUCACGACAGUUUGAUUCUUCAAAACUCUUCUCUAUCAGUUCUGAAAUGCCGUAUUCUAUCAGAGAAAUGUGGCGACAGAACACACAUUGUUGCAGUUCUGUAUUCGGAUAGCUGUGUCAGAUUCUACAAUCUCUUGAUGAAAUUCGAAUCACUCCUCCUUUCUGUCGAUUUCCGCAGUUAUCUCCAUCAAGGUCAAGACGAAAACGUGGCAAAUAACACGUUCGGACUUCAGAAGGCUCUCGUCUCGUUCGAUCUGAUUCCUCCUCAACCAAAAUCAUCUCACUUCUCGUUGAUUGUUGUAGACUCUGAUGCUGAAUUCUACGCGUCGUUCGUUCACUUCUCAUAUCUUCGAUACAUUCAAACGUCGAACCCUCGAAUCGCAUCAGUUUUCGUUUUAGUAUCUGGCGGCGGCGUUCUCACUCAUAUCAUAGUUUUUGCAAAUGAAUUUGGCGAGUUUCAAUUACUUGUCAACGAUCAGCUUCGACUCCCACAAUCAUCCGGGGAUCCGGAAAUCGUCUCCAAUCGAAUGAAGAAACUAAAUGUGAAUCGGUAUGAAAUUGCCACUUCUUCUUGCUUGUACGCAGUUAACAUUUCGUCAUGGUUCGAAGCAUUGACCAGCUCUUCAUAUGAUCUUCAUGUCAAACAAGAUACACGGGUCUUCGAACUGGUCAACGCAAUCAUUUCUCCUAAUGAGCUCUCGAAUACCAAAAGCUGGACAGGUGCUCGUCCGAUUCGGGCAGUCGCUGUCAAAUUAACAGAAGGGAUGAAUACAGAAGAAAGCGAAGAAGAAACUGUGUUAGAAUCUGAAGACGUCAUGCAUCUUGUUAUUCUUGAGAACAAAGAUGGACAACCCGCUCAUGUUUUCAACGUGGCCACAUUUGACAGUAACACCUGGGAUGUGCAAUCACCGUCUAAAAAAGAGCAGCAACAAAAUGUUCCCACGAGCAGUGGUAAGAGUUCAUUAGAAGAACAGUUAGCUGCAUUGAAGCCGCUGGCAGCUUGUGUAAUAUCAGAUAAGGUUUCUUGUGAAGAAGCCAUUGACGCCGCUUCCAAGUUUUUCGAUGCAGUCGAUGAGAGGAUGAAGAAACAUGCUGAAUUGGCACAGGCGUUUGUGGAGAGAUGUCUUAUUCUGUCGACAAGUGCACAAAGUCUAGACGAGAGGCAACAAAGUGUGGACCAACGUCUGAUUGAGGAAACGAACACUGUCGAAGAGCUGAAAGCGCGAAUGUACAAGACAAAAGAGAGAAUGGAGUUAGCUAGAAAAGGAAUUAAUGUUCUGUUCCAUCGAGUCGAGGAGAAUGUGCCUCUCAGUGAUAACGAGAUUCGAAUCUUUGAGCGGCUGAAAGAGCACCAGAAAAUGCUCUCUGACAUGACCAUUCUUGUACCAAAGAUGACACUUGACUCGAACGAAUUGAAUAGAAUGACUGAUGUUCUACCGAAGAAGAGAAAUGCUGGAGAGGAGCCAAGCAAGUUUGCAGCUGUUGCGAAAAAUGCUGCUGAAAUCGAGAGUCUGGAAAUCCGCGAGAAAAAGCUGCAGGAAUCCAUCGACCAGCUCAUCAUUUGA